AUGGUUAUGACACCAACACGAGUAUUUGAAGAGCUGGCAUGCUGUUGUGGUCCAGCAUCAUGUAGUUUAUGUUGUAAAGGAUUACCAGCUAUCAAUGAAUCCACUGGUACAAGAAUUAUGUACACACUGUUUCUAGUUGUGGCCAUCAGUAUAUCAUGUUUAAUGUUAUCACCACAAUUACAUGAUGUUAUUAUACAAUCAGGACUGAAUGAGACAUGUACAAUGAUAUCAGCUGGUGAGAACUGUUCUAAAUUGAUAGGAUAUAAAGCUGUCUAUCGUGUUGGUUUGGGUAUUAUUGUCUUCCACUUUAUAUUAAUGAUAUUAACACCAUGUGUACCUAAUAGCAAUCAUUGGAGAGCUUCUGUCCAAAAUGGAUAUUGGUUUUUUAAAUUUGUAUUUCUAUGCUGUCUAUGUACUGGGGCAUUUUUCAUACCUCCUGCUUAUAAUAUUUAUUUAAUGUAUCUGGGAAUGGUUGGUGGUUUUAUAUUUAUUUUGCUACAGUUAAUUCUAUUGGUGGAUUUCACUCAUACAUGGAAUGCAAAAUGGGUGAACAGAAAAGGAAAAUACAGAAGUACUUGUGGAUAUGUUGGUACAUUGUUCUGUGCUGGCUUGUUUAUAAUGCUAGCUAUUGGUGGUAUGGUUUGUCUCUUUCUCUUCUAUGCCUUUGAGGAUUGUACUACCAAUAAGAUCUUUCUAGCUGUUAACUCUGGUCUGUGUGUAUUUAUUACUUUCAUGACAAUGUUACCAUGUACAGCAAAUCGCAAUGCCAAUGCUGGUAUAUUACAGGCCUCAGUGAUAUGUUUAUAUGUUGUUUAUUUGACAUGGUCAGCAGUGUCUAGUGAACCACCAGAAGAAAUAUCUAUAAUCGAAUCCAUUGCAAUUAUGGCAGCACAGGUUGAUAAAACAAGAGAAAAUACAGCACCGCCAAAAAUUGGUUUUGUAUCCAAUGUGGGUCAAAAGUUUUCCGAGAUGCCAACCAACACCACAUUACAUAUUUGUCGACCUAAUUCCCAAUUUCCUGAAGCUGAUCUCAUUUCUGCCUAUGCUGGUCUUUUUAUUAUGUUAGUAAUGGCAGUGUACUCAAGCAUAAAGACAUCUCAUCAAGAACAUAGGUUUGGUGUCAGGCAUGCUGUGAAAAUGAAGGCAUGUUGUUGCUGUGUCAUUCAGAAUAGAGAUAAUCCAUCAGAAUUAGGAGGUCAAAAGGUGAAUCAUAAUGAAGUAGAAGGAUUAGUAUAUCAUUACUGGUUUUUUCACCUGGUAUUUUUUCUGGCUGGUCUGUAUAUUAUGAUGCAGCUAACUAAUUGGUAUCGGCCUGAGGAGAGUGAUAUUAAUAAGUUUGGACUGAAUUGGUCAGCUGUAUGGGUCAAGAUGGCAUCAAGCUGGACAUGUAUCCUAGUGUAUUUGUGGACCUUAUAUUUCCCACAAUGUUGUCCUGGUAGAGAACUGGCUAUCCCACCAAAGGAACAAGAAAUGGAAAUUGGAGAUUAUGAAGUAGAUAUUGGUAGCCCUAAAAGAUCUCUUGCUCAAUCCCCAACUGCUCAAAAUACAAGUCAGCCUCAGGUAUCUGGUGAUGCUUCAACACAUUCUCUUAAUUCCGACUGCUGA